AAGUCGGUAGAUUCAGGUGGUAAAUCCUGAUCCAGCCUCUGACUGUAACACGGCUCCGAGCCCUCUCUGCUCUCCCUUUUAGUGUAUUUUUCAACCCUGCUUCGGCUGUUUCCUCCCCCCGUUCCGCCGCCAUUAAAGCCCGUCAACCUGGGACUUGAUCGGGAAGAGGAUUAAAAUGAUCUGAAGCAUCGGACCAGCAAAACGGUGACGGGACUUUGGGGGGUGGGGAGGGGGGGGAUCUUGUUCAGUGGACCCUGCACUUACUGCCAGUUAAACGGCAACCUCCCCCAGAAAUAAGUAAAUAUGCGGUUAGUGGCGUGCAAGUGAGAAAAGCCCGAGUUCGGACCGGAGGAGAGGAGUUCUCCAUCCGGGAGGGGGAGCAGCAGAAGACCGAGGAGUAUGAACACAGCAAAGCAGAGUGCACUGCUUGCUGUGUGAUCUCCUUGAGAGUCGAGCUGCCAGUCCCACUGAACGGCUGGAAGCCUGCUUCAGUGGCAGCGCGACGAUGACCGAGCUGGUUGCCAAGUGGGCCUGUGAAUACUGCACAUACGAGAACUGGCCGUCAGCCAUCAAGUGCACCAUGUGCCGCGCUCAGAGGCCCAGCGGGGGUGCCAUCAUUACUGAGGAGCCCUUUAAGAGCAGCCCUGGCCUAGAUGCUAGUCUGCAUCAGUGGGACCCUGCGGACCUCAGCAACAGUCCGUCUCAGGGGGGAUCCAGCUUGCUUAUUUGUCCAGACUCCAGCGCGAGACCCCGCGUUCGCAUCGCUGAUGUUCCCGAGACGAGUAGCAAGUGGUCAUGUCACAUGUGCACCUACCUGAACUGGCCUCGUGCUAUCCGUUGCACCCAGUGCUUGUGUCAGAGGCAACAGGCUAAACAAAAACAACAACAGCAGCAGCAUGGGCACCAUGCAACUCAUCGAGGACAUCAUACUCAUCAGCCACGAAGUCCCACGGAAUCACCGCAGACCUCAGGCUCCGGAUGCUGCCCUGUUACCCCAAUCGCCACUACAGACCCCUGUGAGGAAUAUAAUGACCGCAACCGGCUCAACACCAACACACAGCACUGGACCUGCACUGCAUGCACUUAUGAGAACUGGGCCCAGGCACUGAAAUGUGUUGUGUGUGAUCAUCCCAGGCCCAAUAGUCUGCUUGCUGAACCCAUCGAACUGGCAUCAGAACCUGAGAGCCACCAGCCCUCCUCAAAGCUUAAUGAUCAGCACAGGGACAACAGGAGGGGUGUGGUUGGGCAGGGAAUGGGGUGUGUGGUAGGGGGACAGGUGGGCUGUAGCAGCAGCCAGAGGAGGUCGCCUCCCUCUGAAAAACAGGAGUCUGAGGUGAACAUGGACUUUCAGAGGAUUGAACUGGCAUCAGGAGCUGGGAUUGGCAGCAAAGAGGAGCUUGAAGUGGAUUUCAAAAAACUGAAGCAGAUUAAGAAUAGGAUGAGAAGGACGGAUUGGCUCUUCCUCAACGCAUGUGUUGGUGUUGUAGAAGGCGACCUGGCAGCUGUGGAAGCUUACAAGACGUCUGGAGGGGACAUAGCGAGGCAACUGACGUCAGACGAAGUGCGGCUGUUAAACAGACCUUCAGCUUUUGACGACGGUUUCACCCUGGUUCACCUGGCCAUCCGUUUCCAGAGACAGGACAUGCUGGCGGUGUUGCUCACAGAGGUGUCCCAGCAGGCAGCCAAGUGUAUCCCAGCCAUGGUGUGUCCUGAGCUGACGGAGCAGAUCCGCCGCGAGGUGGCGGCCUCUCUUCACCAGCGCAAGGGUGACUUCACGUGUUACUUCCUCACUGAUCUGGUCACCUUUACCCUGCCUGCAGAUAUUGAGGACUUGCCGCCUGCUGUUCAGGAGAAGCUCUUCGAUGAGGUGCUGGACCGAGACGUACAAAAAGAACUCGAAGAAGAGUCUCCCAUCAUCAACUGGUCUCUUGAGCUCGGAACAAGACUAGACAGUCGGCUGUAUGCACUCUGGAACCGCACAGCCGGGGACUGCCUCCUCGACUCUGUGCUGCAGGCCACGUGGGGCAUCUACGACAAGGACUCUGUGCUCCGCAAGACUCUUCACGACAGCUUGCAUGACUGCUCACAUUGGUUUUACAGCCGCUGGAAGGAGUGGGAGUCGUGGUAUUCCCAGAGCUUCGGCUUGCACUUCUCCCUCCGAGAGGAGCAGUGGCAGGAGGACUGGGCUUUCAUCCUGUCCCUUGCCAGCCAGCCAGGAUCCAGCUUAGAGCAGACCCACGUUUUUGUUCUUGCACACAUACUUCGUAGGCCCAUCAUCGUUUACGGAGUGAAGUAUUACAAAAGUUUCCGUGGCGAAACGCUUGGGUACACACGUUUUCAAGGCGUGUAUUUGCCCCUUUUGUGGGAGCAGAGUUUCUGCUGGAAGAGCCCCAUCGCUCUGGGCUACACGCGAGGUCACUUCUCAGCACUGGUAGCCAUGGAGAAUGACGGUUUUGACAAUCGUGGCGCAGGCGCCAACCUCAACACAGACGAUGACGAGACGGUCACAUUCCUGCCGCUAGUCGACAGCGAGAGGAAGCUGCUUCACAUCCACUUCCUCUCGGCACAAGAAAUGGGAAAUGAAGAGCAACAGGAAAAGCUCCUUCGAGAGUGGUUGGACUGCUGCGUGACAGAAGGCGGCAUUCUGGUGGCCCUGCAGAAAAGCUCCCGCCGUCGCAACCAUCCACUCGUCACCCAGAUGGUGGAGAAGUGGCUGGAUGGCUACAGGCAGAUCCGCCCCUGCGCCUCUCUGUCCGACGGCGAGGAGGAGGAGGACGAUGACGACGAGUGACUAAAGUGAAGUGGAGGGAGCGGGUCUGCAGGAGGCAGGACUCCUCUCCUCGGUUUUUUUUAUUUUCAUUUUAACGUUACAUUUUCGGGUUUGUUUUAUUUUCCUUUUCCUUUCUUGACACGGACAAACUGUGAAAGCCUCCAGCAGAAGACAGGGACCUCACCCCAACCUUCCCCGCCUCCAAAGCUACAGAACACAUGGCUGCUCUUCUGGUAAACAGCCACUCGGACUCAUCCUGACAAAAGAGUUCAACUCUAUCAUCAAACCCACUCCAGACUGACAAAGAUGUGGAGAAUAGAAGUUCAGGAAUGCAGAAGACCCUUUGAUUUGCCUGUUUCAAAUAUAAAGGAAAAAUAAAACUAAUCUUUAUCCAUAGAUGUAAAUGCAUGUGGUUGUUCAAAAAAGUUAAAGGAAAUAUACCAGCAUUUAUUUAAGGUAACACUUUAUAACUAUUCAGCGUGGGCACUGACAGAAGCACACUUCCAACCUUUUCGAUGUGUUUUCCAGUUGUACAGGAGUUUGGCUUAUUAAGCAUUUUUUUCCAUGUGUGUGUGUGUGUGUGUGUGUUGAACAGACAAGGACAAAGCCAAUAAAUAUAAUCUUCAGAAAACCAGAGAUUAUGGCAUAAUAAAUAACUUAUUAUAUCCUUAUUAUAAGCAAUGCACCUUUAUGGAAACAUUUCUAAUUAAACUCCAGCAUCUUUGCUUGAAAUAAGAUCCCUAAACCUUAGGGAGAUUUGCUCUCUAAGGUUUAGCACAUUAACAUACAUGUUUGGAUAUUUGGUUUACUUUUUACAGACUGAUUGAACUGAAAUGUUGUGUGUGUUUGAAUUUAUUCUACAUAUUUAUUGUUUGGAAACGUUUUUGACCUAAUAAGAGCUUUAUGUAUAUUUUUCUUCUGUUUUGUUUGUGUGGAUUUUGUUAAUUAUUCUCUCAAUCGCGAUGAAGACACUUUUGCACAGAAACACUGUUGCUGUAAAGGAGAGAACCAAUCUUGACAGUGGGAAGUUUACCUACAUUGUUGCAUGGGAUUUAGUACCUCAUCUAAAUGCCUAAAAUCUGGUGCUUUUUGUUGCCGUUUUAUUUUUUCUGGCAGAUGAGACACGUUCAGUGUAAAACUCACACUUGUCUCUGUUCCCUUCAAUGAUUGGUUGUCCACUUCACACAUGAUGGUACACCUUCUCUGUAAAGUCUGUUGUCAACCCAUCCUGUCCAUACAGGUUGUUGUGAGAGAUUGCAACAUCUACAACCAAAGCUGACACGAAAAAGAAGAAAAAAAAUAUGUUAAUCCCUUAAUUUUUGCUGUGAAUGUUUGCAUUGUUUUUUGUUUUUUUUCCCUCUUGCCAUUGCGUACUGUAACCUUCGUGUCAUACAUGUUUUAAACAACACCUAUUUGUGUUGCUUUCUAUUUAUACAAUAGUUGAAGCUGUAACUAUGAUGGUUUGUGGAUUUAGGCCUGACUUCACUAAGCGAAGUAUAAUGCAAAGAAAAGGCAAAAUAUGGAGAAAAAAAAACAAAUAAAACCUUUUUGAAUGUCGA